AUGCCUGAGAUGCUUGAGAUCCGCAUUCCUGAGAGAGUCUUUCAGGAUCCAGGAUUGGACGAGGGUCUGCUGGAGGCACAGUUCUUUUGGGGUGAAGAGGAGGAGGAGGAGGAGGAGCAGAUGGAGGAGGAGGAGCAUGUGGAGGAAGAGGAGCAUGUGGAGGAGGUGGAGGAAGAGGAGCAUGUGGAGGAGGUGGAGGAGGUGGAGCAGAUGGAGGAAGAGGAGCAUGUGGAGGAAUCGGAGCAUGUGGAGGAGGUGGAGCAGGUGGAGGAGGUGGAGCAGGUGGAGCAGGUGGAGGAGGUGGAGCAGGUGGAGGAGGUGGACCAGAUGGAGGAAGAGGAGCAUGUGAAGGAAUCGGAGCAUGUGGAGGAGGUGGAGCAGGUGGAGCAGGUGGAGGAGGUGGAGCAGGUGGAGCAGGUGGAGGAGGUGGACCAGAUGGAGGAAGAGGAGCAUGUGAAGGAAUCGGAGCAUGUGGAGGAGGUGGAGCAGGUGGAGCAGGUGGAGGAGGUGGAGCAGGUGGAGCAGGUGGAGCAGGUGGCGGAGGUGGAGCAGGUAUUGGGGCCCAAGGAUGCAGAGUUGAAGGUCAGUGGAGUCGAUGACCUUGCUGACCUAGUAGAACCAGAGCGAUGA